GGCAGGCUUGUUGCGCCUCAGCCUCAUGCGCUUGAUGCCAAGGGGAAGAUUAAGAGAAGCCACUUUGGAAGUGCCUCAGCGAGACCAACCUUUGCUCAGGAAUGGAGGGAAACACGGGACCCUGCAAGUCUCCUGCUGCGACAACAGCUUUGCUGGCUACUGUUCUCUUUCUGGGCGCAUCUGCAAGUGCCGGCCAUGACCCACAAAGCCCUAGGUUCUUGUCAACCCUGUCAAAGAGACCCCAUUUCAGUGUCCCCCACAAUCUUAAACCCAAGACCCAGAGACCUGCAGAAGACUCUCUCUCAACGCCAACCCCUUCGGAGGCUCCGGCUGGUGACAGAGAACCCAACGCUUCCCUGACCGUCCACGCCCUGAAUGUCCUGACCGGCCUCCCUGCCACAGGCCUGGCCAUGCGCUUCCUGCGGCUGGAGGAGCCUAACGCAUCGUGGAUGGAGCUGAUGAAGAGCGCAACCAACACAGACGGUCGUUUGGACAAGAGCAGCCUGGCACCCCAGCGGUUGAAAGCGGGCACCUACAAGCUGCACUUUGAAACAGGGCCGUACUGGCACCAACAGGGCUACCGCAGCUUCUACCCUUACGUGGAAGUCGUCUUCACCAUCACAGAGGCAGAACCAAAGGUCCACAUCCCGCUGCUGCUCAGCCCCUAUUCCUAUACCACCUACAGGGGAAGCUAGUUCAAGAGAUGGGGCUGGUUCAGAGAAGGGCCACUCUUGGGGCAUUCAGACCAUGCUGGCUUGUUCCAGGAGCUGAGGGCUGGGGCUGCAACCCCAGCCCCUGGCUUUACACGUGGGGGCUUGGCUACAACCUGCUGCCUGCCAUUAAACAUGAGACAAAAUAGA